AUGUGGUCUAUCUUGCUCAGCUUGGCCGUCGUCGGUCAUGCCUCCGCGUCCAUAGUAGACAAAGGGCGGGUCGUCGACUUGAAAGGAGUGUCAUAUUAUACUGGCGGUAUCCCGAUUGCACGGCUCGAUAUCAACGGCACUCGCGAAGCCCUCGCCGACGCUGCGUCUGACGGCCACGACUUGCUUCCCUUGACUGUCGUCGAGACAUCAUCCGGAAACUUUAGCACCGACGAGCUCGUAAAGACCGCAGCUGAGUACGAUGAGCUGGAUGAUGUCUUCCAGGGGGCAUUCCUUCAGACGGUUUACCUUCAGACCACUGGCGACAAUGCUGUGCCCUCCAUUGACUCUGCGUCUAUCGGCUCCAGCUUGGAUGAUUUGAGCGUCAAGCUUCUUAUCACGCCCGGCGAGACCAUAGGUGAUUCGGAGCCUGUCGUGGCUAGCACGAUUACUCCCGCGCUCCCAAAGGGCCCUUAUUUCGUCUCAGCUUAUACCGGGGACGUGUACAAAGCCUACAGGCUGUACGAUGACAACAACCUUGCCUUUGUUCAGGGUGUUGUCAGCGACGAGCAGGGCGCCUACAUCUCGCUGCCCGCCAUCACGGAGAACGUCAUGGCCAAGAGUAUUGCCGUGCCAUCGAGGCUAUACCACAAGGCUACCAAGGAGCAGCCCCUUGCUGGUCUCCGCUUCGGCGUCAAGGACAUCUUCCACGUCAAGGGCGUCGGUACCAGCGGCGGCAACCGCGCCUAUUUCUAUCACUACGGCACCCAGAACAACACUGCACCAGCCGUGCAGCGUCUUAUCGACCUUGGCGCAGUCCUUGUCGGGAAGAUGGGCACUGUACAGUUUGCCAACGGAGACAAACCCACUGCUGACUGGGUGGACCUGCACGCUCCCUUCAACCCUCGAGGUGAUGGCUAUCAAGACCCUAGCGGCUCCUCCACUGGCCCUGGCGCCGGUAUAGGUGCGUACGAAUGGCUGGAUCUCUCCAUGGGUAGUGAUACUGGUGGUUCUAUGCGCGGUCCCGCUGGCGCCCAGGGCAUCUUCGGCAACAGGCCGUCGACUGGUGCCAUUUCUCUGGACCACGUCAUUCCUCUCAGCCCUGUAUCUGACACCGCCGGUAUCUUCGCCCGCAGCGGAAGUCUGUGGGCCGAGGCAACGAAGGCUUUCUACCCAGACAUGCAAUCCAACUGGACCGCGUUCCCCAGUAUUCUCUACAGCGCAGGCGCGUCGGACAGCGAUACCAACCCCGACGCCAUCCCAUUGAUAGAAGACUUCGUCCAGAAGCUGGGCGCCUUCCUCGGCACCGAGGCGCUCCCAGGCAACUACUCUCAGCUUUGGGCCGACACCCGCGGCGACGCCCCGCCCGUCGACGAGAUGCUGAACCUCACCUACGCGGUCUUCGUGUCACACGACCAGUGGCAGCUGCUCGGCAAGCCCUUCUUCGAGGACUACGCCGCCAAGAACGGCGGCCGCAGGCCCUACGUCAACCCGGGGCCCCUGGUCCGCUGGCAGUGGGGGCAGGUCAACGCGCCCGACGAGGUCUACGCCGAGGCGCUGCGCAACAUCUCCACGUUCAAGGAGUGGUAUUCCACCGAGGGCUACGGCCGGCGCGACCCGGAGUCGUGCUCCGAGAGCGUCUACACCUACGUGUUCAAUGACGGGUAUCCGGACUACCGCGAUGAGUACCUGACGCCGCAGACCAGUCCGCCCCUCGGAAUGGGCGAUUCCCGAGUCCCUGUCAUUGCUGGUGCUCCUGAGGUGGUCGUUCCCAUCGGGGAGGUGGCGUAUAACAGCACAAAGUCGCUGCAGACCGAGCAUCUCCCCGUCUCGAUGGCUCUCAGGAUGGCGAGGGGCUGCGACUAUGCCCUCGCGAACUUGGUGGGCAAGCUGGAGGAGGCUGCGAUUCUCCGGCCGGUUGCUGCUGGCUCGAGACUGUUCCCUUAA